AUUUUCUAGAAUAAAUUGAUCACCCCAACAACUUAAAUUAUUUUAUAAAUUUAUAUUGCGUUAAAUUAGCUAUCCAAAAUGACAUUAAUGCUGUGCUUGUUUAUGUCUGAAAUUUGGGGUGACCAUAUUGAACGUAAAUCGGGUGCGACCAGGUGAAAGUUGGAGAUAUAUUUCUGCAGAAUAAAUAAAUUUAUCUUUCGGUCACACUGAGUUAAGACAAAGUUUUGUGAAUUUUUGUAAACAAACACUUUAUAAAUGAAAUGGGUGGAACUCGCUGUGUUUUUCGUGACUGCCAAGUGUCAACGCAGCGUAAUCCAAAGAUGCAUUUCUUUAAACUGCCUGUUCGGGACCCAGUGCGCCUGGAGGCAUGGCUAAAAAACUGCGGAAAUACAGAUAUUUUAAAUGUGGCACGCGAGAAACUCUCAAAUCGCGCGGUUUGCGCGCGUCAUUUUCGCUACGAAUGCUUCAUGAACUACAAGUUGGAUAGGCUGAUACCAAAUCAAACGCCGACACUGGCUCGUAUAAGCAAGGAGCUGGCAUGGGAUCUGGGACAUCUCGACGAGAAUGGUGAAGCGACAAUGGUCAAGUUAACUACUCCCACAUUGGUGCACUUAAUACCUCCCGAGAAUUUCGAGUGUCCACUCGGGUUUUCGGAGGAUGGACGCUUUGGCCGUAAAUAUGCGGUGAGAAGUCGCACACCGCCACGUCCCUUAGCAAUCGAUGAAAUCAAAAGACAAAAAAUCACUCCUGUGCAGGAGCAGCAACCAAUUAGCAGAAUUGAAAUGUCGCAAGUGAUUGAUUUGUGUGCCGAAGACAAUGUGACGACACCAAAAUUAGCCAAACUCGAGACCGAGGAUAGCAAACCAGCAUUCGCUGCUCUUCAACAAGACCGCAAUCUCGCAGAGCUCCAGAAAAAGUACGAUGAACUGCAGGCAAGCUUUGAUUUGAUCACAGCUCAAAAUGCAUCCUUAAAGGCGACUGUAGCUAAGCUGGAGACUCAACCAAAACAGAACCCGCCAUUGAGUGCUGCCACACCGACGCAGUUAUCCAAACCGCAGCUAUACAAUGGCAUCAAAAAGUAUCUAGGACCAAGCAUGGCGGCUCUGGUGCGCAUGGAGAUGUUUGGCGACGGGGAGCGUGCAUGGAAAGAGGACGAACGUGAAUUCGCGAAGGAGUUGCUGCAACUUGGGGAGCAUGUCUACACGCAUUGCUGCGAUGAGUGGCGUUUUCGAUUGCCCUCGCUACGAACGACGCGCUCUUGGCUAGAAGAUCAGGCGAAGCACGAAGCGGAUAACGAGGAGACCGAGGAUCUUUAAAUCUAAGUGACAAAUGUGAAGCGAAUGUGAAUACAAAAAUAGUUCUGGAGCAGACUUAUCUAUAUUUAUGCAAAUAAAUAUAAUAAACUUUCGACACUUUCGGCAGCAAUGCCAAACGUGCAGAACCUUGAUUUAUGUAUUUACCCAUUCCCAAAUCUUUAUUAUUAUAAUCCACUCGCAAGGUGACUGUGUGUAUAAAUCAUAAUUGCUACAUUAUUAAAAUGCGAUUCACUUAAUUAAA